UUUUAAUACUUAAACAUGAGCAAUCUGUUGCAGUUGUUCUUAGCUGUAGUCACGAUUGUCGUUUGUCUGGGCAAUCGUGUUCCAGAUUCUAGACAAAACACCAGGAAGCUAGAUGUUACAUUAGUUGAUAUCAAUUCUAAACUAACAAGGACUUCAGUAACCAACGACUUUGAAAGUGGCUCACCUGAUCCAUGGAUCGAUACUUCUCCAACCAGUGUUUACUGGAACGUUGAGGAUUUUUCUAUUCCGGCGGAGGUUGAUUAUCCUCCUCCUACCCCGUCAAUAGGCACCAAAUAUUUACGAGCUACAAGGGACAGCCAACUGACUCCUGGUCUCCUCGUCUUGCGUACCGCAACGUUCGCAGCAAUUCCCGGUGAUUCAAUUACGUUCAAGUUCUGGAUUCGAUCCAAAUACACCGGUGGCAACACUCUAGACCUCGUCCUGGCCAUUGAAAAUGUUGAAACAACUUUGUUGACAUUGUCCAGCUAUUCCACUUCGGUGAAUUUCGAGUGGCGUACAGCCUCGUCUUCCUUCCCCAUCUCGACACCAACAAACUUGACGCUGAUAUUUUACGGUUAUUGUGGUGGAAAUUCUGAAGAUGCGAUCGCCAUUGAUGACAUCCUCUUCAUCAGUUCCACAACCGAAUGAGGGACACCAAAUUCAUAGCGAUUGCCAAGUGUCUUAGAGAGUACUGAAUAAAGACUUGAGAUUA